CCAUAUUACCCUCUGGGAAAGGGAGGGGAAAGAGAUGGCAUAAGAGACAGAGGGGGAGAGGAACAGAGCGAAACUAUCUGCAGACACAGACACACAGACAGAAACAGAUAUCCAUCCAGACAGACAGGCAGGCCUCGUUCCCUCCCCAUCAGAGAAAGAUGAGCUCUCAGACAGGCACAGACCCGGCCGUGGCCCCCUCAUCUGGCUCAGCCAUGGAGCUACGCUUUGCAGAGGACACUUCUCUCACUGAGGUAAUGCAGCUGCGUGUCCAGUCCCUGCAGCGGAGCGGUCAGAAGCGACAGGAGGGGGAGCGGUUGCUCCUCCCCCACGAGGCCAUUUACCGUCUGGACUUCUCCAAUCAGAAGCUGACGUUCGUCCACUGGGCGGUGUCUCUGAUUGGUCAUGGCAGAGUGACCGUCACAGGGAUCUCCCAGCUCUGGACCCCUGACCUCACACACCUGAUGACCCGGCAGCUUCUUGAACCCGUCGGAACAUUCUGGCGGAACGCUGGUGACCCGGAGGACUCGCCCCUCAAGUGUCUGGAGGCGGACAUCCAGGAGUUUGGGGAGCGAAUCGCGGAGCUGGCAAAGGUCCGCAAGGUCAUGUACUUCCUGCUUGCCUUCAAGGAGGGGGCGGAGGCUGACAAGGUCAGCAUCUCCAUGGAGUUCAAUCAGGCCUGACCUACAAACCUUAAAGGAUACUUCUGGAUUUUGGCAAUGAGGCCCUCUGGAUACCAAAGUGUGUACUUUUCUGUGUAAAGUAUGAAGGAAGAUAGAGGUAGUUUUGCGAGCCAAUGCGAACUAAAUUUUGGGCAAUGACUGGAAGUCUAUGGGUAACAUUAGUUAGCACUGGCUCGUGAAACUACAUCUAACUUCCUUCAUACUGGACACAGAGACAUACAAAUUGUAACCACAAGUUCAUCCGACUCUGGGGAAGUAGAUAAAGGGCCUCAUUCCCAAAAUCCCGAAGUAUCCCUUUAACUGCUUCCUCUUCCCCGUUUAACUGCUUCCUCUUCCCUCUACUCCUCUAGUCUCCAUCUCUCCAUUCUAAGGAAAUGCCUUCUACUACAGCCAGUCUAGGUUGGACCAGUCUACACUCCUCUCCCUAUGCCCCCCGCCCACACACACUGAGUCCCAUCUCUCAUCUGUGUGUGCAUAUGUACUUCCUUCCUGAGCAUCUAUCUAGCUUUCUAUCUAUGCAUGUCAGUCAACAAGCUGCUAGAAACCAUGUUUUGAAGGUAAAGUAGUUACACAGUAGGCUGCAAAAUCACAAACUAUAGAUAUAGGUAACUACCAAAAUAAAGGAAACACCAACAUAAAGGUCUUAAUAGGG